UUAGGGUUUUGUUUUCCUCUCUGUGUUGAGUUCAAAUUGUCUCUGAAUUGGUUUCCUCACCAAAGGCGGAACUGAGGUCAAGCUUCCGAGACCCACAAGGAGAAACAAGACCCAUCCAAAUCACUGCGGAGCAGAUUUUAGGUAUUCUAUUACUCAUCCUCUCCUCUCUAUCUCUCUAAUUUUAUAGUUUUUUUUUUCUGUAAUGGAACUUGAUGGACUCAAGAAACUUGAGUAUUUGUCCUUGGUGUCGAAAGUGUGCUCUGAAUUAGAGUCCCAUAUAGGACUGGGAGACAAGCUUUUGGCCGAAUUCAUAAUCGACUUGGGUAAAAACAGUGCAAAUGUUGAAGAAUUCGACAAAAAACUCAAAGAGAAUGGGGCAGAGAUGCCCGAUUAUUUUGUUCAAACGCUUCUCACUAUUAUCCAUGCUAUUCUUCCUUACAAGCGCAAGGAAACCCCAAAAGAGGACCGGCAAUCGACUUUUCCUGGGCUUUCUCUUGCAGAUAAUAAGGAGAGGGUGAAAAAUUUAGAGAGAGAAAUUGAACGAGAGAAUUAUAUGGCUAGGGUUUCACGGGAGAAUGGCAGAGAUCGAGAGAAGGAAACUGAUCGAAAGGAGUUUAGAGAUAAGUCUUCUGGUAAUAAUGGAAGCGGCAGGGACAGGAGGAGAGAGCACGACAGAGAUGCUUCUAGGGUUAGGGGCUGUCGUGAUGAGAAUGGCAGUGAUCGAGUUGAUUAUAGGGUCAGGGGUUCCCGUGACGAAAGUGGCAGGGAUCGAGAUGAUUCUAGAAGGGAUUCUUAUGAAGACAGAGACAGGGAUAGGGAUGACCACAGAAGGAGGAGCAACCACCAUGAUCGGAGAAGCAACAAACGUUAUGAUAACAGGGAUGAACAUUCAGAUAGGGAAGAUGGGAAACAUCACAACAGAAAAGCCCAAUCAAAGGAGCCUGAAUUGUUUGGUGUUUACUCAGGAAGAGUCUCUAGAGUGAUGGACACUGGUUGUUUCAUUCAAUUAAAUGAUUUUCAGGGUAAAGAGGGACUAGUUCAUGUUUCUCAAAUUGCUAAUAAAAGGGUUGUUAAUGCAAAAGACGUAGUGAAAAGAGACCAAGAAGUGUUUGUAAAGGUGAUAUCGGUGUCUGGUCAGAAGCUGAGCUUGUCGAUGAGAGAUGUAGAUCAAAAAACUGGCCAAGACCUUCUUCCCAUGAAGAAAAGCUCAGAGGAUGAUGCAUAUAGGGCAAACCCCAUGAAUUCGGAUCGACCCCAAGGUACGAGAACCGGGUUAUCAGGGAUAACCAUUAUUGAUGAGGAUAGCACCAUGCCUUCUAGAAGGCCACUAAAGCGAAUGAGUUCACCCGAGAGAUGGGAAGCCAAACAAUUGAUAGCUUCGGGGGUCUUGGAUGUAAGAGACUACCCAAUGUAUGAUGAUGAUGGGGAUGGAAUUCUUUACCAAGAUGAGGGAGCUGAGGAGGAGCUUGAAAUUGAGCUCAAUGAAGAUGAACCACCAUUUUUGCAAGGCCAAACUCGAUACUCUGUCGAUGUUUCUCCAGUUAAGAUAGUUAAAAAUCCAGAUGGUUCUUUACAAAGGGCUGCAAUGACCCAAUCUGCCCUUGCUAAAGAAAGGCGCGAGCUUCGGGAGCAACAACAGAGAACCAUGCUGGAUUCAAUCCCGAAAGAUCUUAACCGUCCCUGGGAAGAUCCAAUGCCCGAGACUGGAGAGAGGCACUUGGCACAGGAGCUUAGAGGAGUGGGUCUCUCAGCGUACGAUAUGCCUGAAUGGAAGAAGGAUGCUUUUGGAAAAGCACCCACUUUUGGGCAACGGUCAAAGCUCUCAAUCCAAGAACAAAGGCAGAGUCUCCCCAUCUUUAAACUCAAAAAGGAAUUGAUCCAAGCAGUGAAUGACAACCAGGUAUUGGUUGUUAUUGGGGAAACUGGAUCGGGCAAAACUACUCAAGUUACACAAUAUUUAGCUGAGGCUGGAUACACAACCCGGGGUAAAAUUGGGUGCACCCAACCUCGUAGAGUGGCAGCCAUGUCAGUGGCCAAAAGAGUUGCUGAAGAAUUUGGGUGUAGGUGUGGUGAGGAAGUGGGUUAUGCAAUUCGGUUUGAGGAUUGCACCGGGCCUGAAACUGUUAUAAAGUACAUGACUGAUGGUAUGCUUUUAAGAGAGAUUUUGGUAGAUGAGAAACUGUCUCAGUACUCGGUUAUUAUGCUUGAUGAAGCUCAUGAGAGAACCAUACACACUGAUGUGCUAUUUGGGCUAUUGAAGCAACUUAUUAAGCGUAGAAGCGACCUUCGACUCAUUGUAACCUCGGCUACAUUAGAUGCCGAGAAGUUCUCAGGGUACUUCUUUAACUGUAAUAUCUUCACUAUUCCUGGGAGAACUUUUCCAGUGGAGAUUCUCUAUACAAAACAACCCGAAAGUGAUUAUUUGGAUGCAGCUCUGAUCACGGUCAUGCAGAUACACUUGACCGAACCAGAAGGUGACAUUCUUCUCUUUCUAACAGGUCAAGAGGAAAUUGAUACUGCUUGUCAAAUUCUAUAUGAAAGAGUGAAGGGACUUGGUAAACAUGUGCCCGAGCUUAUCAUUUUACCAGUUUAUAGUGCUCUCCCCAGUGAAAUGCAAUCAAGGAUUUUUGAUCCAGCUCCUCCUGGAAAAAGGAAGGUGGUUGUGGCUACUAACAUUGCUGAGGCUUCUCUUACUAUUGAUGGGGUAUAUUAUGUUGUGGAUCCUGGGUUUGCUAAGCAAAAUGUGUAUAAUCCAAAGUUGGGGUUGGAUUCCCUUGUCAUAACUCCUAUUUCACAGGCAUCAGCUAAGCAAAGAGCAGGUCGUGCAGGUCGUACAGGGCCUGGCAAAUGUUAUCGAUUGUACACUGAGAGUGCGUACAGGAAUGAGAUGUUGCCCACUACGGUGCCUGAAAUCCAGAGAAUUAACCUCGGGUUAAUUACGCUUAAUAUGAAGGCAAUGGGGAUCAAUGAUUUGCUUUCUUUUGAUUUUAUGGAUCCCCCUCCAACUCAAGCCUUGGUUUCUGCAAUGGAACAACUCUACAGUUUGGGAGCUUUGGAUGAAGAAGGGCUCUUGACCAAAUUGGGGAGGAAGAUGGCUGAGUUUCCUCUGGAUCCACCUCAUUCAAAGAUGCUUCUUGCUAGUGUGGAUCUUGGUUGUAGCGAUGAGAUACUGACCAUGAUAGCUAUGCUUCAAACACAAAACAUAUUUUACAGACCAAGGGAGAAACAAGCCCAGGCUGACCAAAAGAGGGCAAAAUUUUUCCAGCCAGAAGGUGAUCACUUAACCUUGUUGGCUGUUUAUGAGGCAUGGAAGGCCAACAACUUCUCCGGACCAUGGUGCUUUGAAAACUUUGUUCAAUCUCGUUCAUUGAGAAGGGCACAGGAUGUCAGGAAGCAGCUCCUAACCAUCAUGGACAGGUAUAAAUUGGAUGUUGUAAGUGCUGGAAAAAAUUUCACCAAGAUAAGAAAGGCAAUUUGUGCGGGGUUUUUUUUCCAUGCUGCCCGAAAAGAUCCUCAAGAGGGCUACAGGACCUUGGUUGAGAACCAACCAGUUUACAUUCAUCCAAGCAGUGCGCUAUUUCAGAGGCAGCCUGAUUCGGUCAUCUACAAUGAGCUUGUCAUGACGACAAAGGAAUACAUGAGGGAAGUUACUGUUGUUGACCCGAAAUGGCUAGUUGAGCUUGCUCCUAGAUUUUUCAAAGUUGCUGAUCCUACAAAGAUGAGCAAGCGCAAGCGUCAAGAACGUAUUGAGCCCCUUUAUGAUAGAUACCACGAGCCUAACUCAUGGCGUCUAAGUAAAAGGCGUGCUUAAUUUUGUGGCAAGGUAUCCUUGAUUGCUGCUAGUACUUGUCAUCCUCUUAUCAACUUGGCGAUGGCCUUAGGAGGCUGGGGACCACUUACUUUUAUUACAUCCUCUGGAGACUCUUGAAGAGAGAAUCUUUAGGGGGACUGAGCGGAAGAAUGGGUAAGAAUGUGCAAUGGGGAGAGAUCAUUUUUGGCGAAGUUCGAGGAGGUUCACCUUAAUCAAGUUGGGAAUUUGGGACUGCGGACCCUGCCCCCUUUCAAAUAAUUGAAGUAGCUAAUCCAGAUACUUAGCUGAAAAAGAGAAAGACAUGGUUUCUUGGAUCUGAUACAUGGUGGAACAAGGCAAAGUGCUGAUCUGAUACAUGGUGGAGCAAGGCAAAGUGCUAGAGAUUGGCUUCUUUGUAAGGUCGACAUUGGUUUGAAAUAUUGGAAGGCAAAGGACUUCAGGCAAAGGAGGUUGUUGACUCUGGUGUGUUGCUUGUCUACAAAAAUGAAGAUUGUCCUGAGAAAUCUUCCUUUUGGAGAGAAUGUGGUAUGGUUGUAGGGUUUGUUACUUUUUAUUACUAGUUAAUACUCAAGGAGAAUGAAGAAAAUUGUAAGAGUAUCUCUAACGGUGGUCUGGAGGUUCUUGUACUUUAUCAAGUUCGAUCUCAAUCAAUCCCAGGUAUGGUGAGCUGAAUUUGUCAUGAUUUAUGAUAUCCAAUAAUAGUGUUACCCCUUUUUUUUUGGGUGAAUUAUUGUCAUAUCUUAGUAUGUUGCAGAACAGUUGGUUGCUGAUUCAGAAGGUUCCAAUAGUCUUCUGCACAAAAAGAAAAGAGGUUCUGCAAUCUUAAAUCUGAUAUUGGUGGAAUUUAACAGUUAUCUUUCGUUGAAAAUUCUGAGUUCUCAUAUAUUGGGAUUUGUUAAUUCUACAGUUGUAUUUUUUUCA